AUUUCAACCAACCAUACAAAAUUUAAUCUUCCAGGCGAGCACGACAGCAAUCGGUCAUGGCUGAAGAUGACAAAGACAUCCUCUCUGAGCUCGAAGCUGCCGGCAAGGAGUUCGAUAAGGAUGCAGAGAUCGCGCGCAUCCUCGGCGUCUUUAAGCUCGACGCCUACGCCGUCCUCGACCUUCAACCCGGCGUUCCAGAGUCCGACAUCAAGAAAGUCUAUCGCAACAAAUCUCUACUCAUCCAUCCUGACAAGACGCCAAAUCCCCAAGCCCCCGAAGCUUUUGACCGUCUCAAGAAAGCCCAGACCGUGCUCAUGGACGAAAAGCAGCGCACUAGUCUGGACGAGGCCAUUGCCGAUGCCCGUAUGCUAACAAUGCGCGACAAGAAGCUUACCAAGGACGACGACGAGGUGAAGAGCGAGGAGUUUGCCAGGGCGUGGAGGGAGAAGACCAAGUGGGUCAUCAUGGACAAUGAGCAGCGGAAAAUGAAGCAGAUGAAAGCCGCGAUGAGGGAGGAGGGCAGGCAGCAGCGGAAGGAGGAGGAGGAGAUCGCGGAGCGCAAGCGGAAGCGAGAUCAUGAUCAGGCAUGGGAGCAAACGAGGGAUACUCGCAUCAAUAGCUGGAGGGACUUUCAGAAGGGAGCCAAGGGAGCCGAUGAUGGAGGAAAGAAGAAGAAGAAGAAGAUUAAAGCGUUGGCGUGAGAUGCGUGCUUAUCUUCUACUAGAUGAGAGCCUCGCGGACGGUGAUCCUGCUGCUGGCCUGUGCCCAAGCUUCAUGGCGAGCAGAGGCUUUUUGCAUCCUGUGCUCCUGUCACACGAGCGCACCGGCGAAGCAUGGAGUUUGGUUGGGUGGGCAUUUCAUUAUUGCAUUUGGCACUUUUACGGCCAUAUGCAGGUGGGUUACAAUUGGAGUGGGAAUCAUGCAUAUUUUCAAGGCCGAAUGCGCCUUACUAUGUUCACUACUACUACACUAGGAUCCAAGCUUCGAAGGGUAUAUACAUAUUCCAAAGAAGCCCCUCGU